AUGCCCCCAACAGCUGGACCGUCUGAAAAGUCAAAAGCGAAUUGUAAACGUGGUCCUCCCAGUUGUGGAGAAUGUGUCAGGUUAAAGCUCAAGUGCACGAGAACAUGGCCAUGUACAAACUGCGUGAGACGUGGUUGUUCAGCCAUAUGUCCUUCUGGAACCUUACGUCCGAGGGAUGACCUCAAAAUGCAAAAAACCGUCAAGGCUCUUUUGGCAGAAAACGAAGCUCUCAAAGCCGCUCUGGCAGCGAGGAAUGAAGAUGCAGAAGGUGAAUGGGAUCCUUCGAUACCUAUAGAAAACAGAGCGACGGUUCAUCUGAGAAGAGAAUCUGAAGGGUCUCCAGGCGGUCUACCUGAUACAUUGCAUACGGUCUCUCAACUACAUCCUAACUCUGCACACGCUCAACUGGUCUCACCUCAAAGUCAAUCCCAAUCACCCGGUUACACCCCUCCAGCUACAAGAGUGACAACUCUUGAAUCGCGUAUUAUCAGUAGUGUGAGAGAUGAAUCUCAUCUCGCUGCUGUUUCAGGUAGUGGAGCGGGGUUGAUGGAUUGGACGGAUGAGGCUGGUAGGUAUAUAGGUAGAGGAGCGGGAGCUUUGUAUGUUUGUGAAGAUGAAGAUGGGGAGGGUGAGGGUGAAGUGACAGAGAACAAUUCUCCAGCUGGAGACCCAGGCUCAAGUAUGACAUUCCCAUUCAUGGCCUCCGAUCCGUCCGUCUUGAUGCACAUGCACGAAGUCAUGCCACCCAAAUCGGGUGCUCUUGCUCUUUUGCAAAUAUACUACACUCGAGUUGAAUGGAUGUACACCCCAACCGAUCGUCGAGCCAUAGCUUCAACACUCGAAACCAUCUACACACCCGCAUCCAUCAUAACAGGUUUACACAACGUCCCUCCACAUCGACUAGCUACAUUCCUCAUGGCACUCGCUUUGGGUCAUGUCUUUGCGGAUCAUACUUCCCCAGCUCCACAAGCCCAAAGACUUUUCUCUAUUGCUUCGGCGUUACUCACUUUGCCAAGACAUCACUUUAUGGUCAAACAUUCAACCGCUGCGGUGGAAUGUUUACAUAUGAUGGUAUCGUUUUUAUUCUCCACUCAUCAACCUGAAGCUGGGAAAGCUGCUUGGCCUCUGUUAGGGACUUGUAUACGUAUUGCAUGUGCGGUGGGGUUGCAUAGGGACGGAACGAGAUGGGGUUUGGGUGGGGUUGAGAAGGAGAAUAGGGAGAGGUUAUGGUGGGAAUGUAUGACUUAUGAUCUGUUACAAUCUCUCAACUUCGGAAGACCCUAUUCUAUCCCGGUACAUUUAUCAGACUGUCAACCUCCUUCUGAUCCCGAUCUCUACCCUCAUCCAUCCCACAACUCUCAUCCAUCCCCUGCUUCUUUACAAUCCGACCCUUACCCUCGAUCCAAAUGGGACGACCAAUUCCAUCAAUUGAAAUACCGACUAGUAAGAAGGUUCGUACGAAUAGCCGAUUGUCUAGCUUCACCAGAAUUACCACGAUACGACGUUGUCAUGCAACUCGACGGUGAGUUGAGAGGUGUGGAAGCUACCGCACCUAGUUGGUUAAGGUGGCAAACCGAUGGAGAAUUGAGUGGUGGUUGGUCUAAGAGAUCAUUUGAAGAGGUGGGAUCUAAGAGGUAUGAGGAUGGGCAGGGUAAUGGAUGGUCUAAACCUGAUGAAAAUCAAUCUACUUCUGGACGUUCAAAAUAUGGUGAAAUCUCAUCUGAUUGGUCAAAAUCUAAUGACGUCGAGGGUGGUUGGUAUAAACAAGAAAAUCAAGCAAUGGGAAGAGGAGAGAGAUGGAUUGAAGAAAUGACUGCUGGUUUAGGUGAUGAAGAUAAAGAGAAAAGAGUACCUCAAGUUCAUAUGGCAGCUUUGUUAUUACAUAAAGCUUUGUUAGCCUUACAUCGACCAUGGUUCUUCCAAGCUAUCGCCGCGGGUUCUGAACCUCUUCGAAGUCCUUAUGCAGCUUCUUUCCAAGCUUGUAUUUCUUCUGCUAGACGACAUACUCAAAUAAUGGGAUCAUGUUUGAGACGUUGUCCUGGUGCAGCGUAUAGUUGGUGGUUUUUCCUCUUCCACGCAUACACAUCAGCAAUAGUCCAAGCUGCAGUCCUUUUACGUCUACCAAACUCCAUAAUGGCAGAUGAGAUAAGAACGGAUUUUGAUCAAACUUGUGGGAUCAUAGAAGAGAUGGGACCUAAUAGUCGGUUGGCCAGAAGAGCUUUACCUAUGUUGAUGAGACUCAGGGAAAGGUUGGGGUAUGUGGAAGGGGAUAAUGGGGGUUCGGGUGUUGGGACAAGGACGGGGGUAGGGGUAGGUGAUGUGGGUAUGGAUAUGAGUGGAUGGGGACAAGCUCCCGACCCUUUGGGUCCAUUCGCAGAUACAUCCUUACCACCCGAAAUGAGUUUUCCGCAACAUGAAAACCAAGUGGAUCCUCAGAGAUUGGUCGCUGAUCCUGCUCAUAUUUUGUUGAUGGAACAAUUACCUGCUCAGUAUCAAGAUCCAUUAGAAUGGGCGGGGAUGGAUCCGUUGUUACAGACUUUAUUACAUUGGAACGCUCAUUCCGAUCAUGUAACAUAUCCCGAUCCAAGUCAAAUCCUUCAUCCCCGUCCACAUCCACAUGCCCAAUCCCAUCCACAUCCACAUGCCCAAUCCCAUCCCAACGUACCACUAUCAACCUCGAGUCAAUCCAACUCUUCUCUAGGUGAUCAACUAACACCUCCUAAUCAAAUAUCAUGGCAAAUGCCACCACCUCAUCAAUUACCACAAACCUCUUCACAACAUUUAACUCCUAAUUUAAAUCAAAAUACAACACAUUAUCAUCAUCCGACUCAACCUCAAUCAUCUCAUUUAUCUCAAGCUUCCAUGUCACAUUUGAUCCAUUCGACUCAUGUUUCUUCACAUUUACAACCUACCAAUAGGUCUUCUACACGACAAGAUUACACUCAUCAGUAUCCUGGUACCGGUGGUGGUAAUGGUAAUGAACGAUGAUUUCCGACACCUCACCAACUUGAUUGAUAAUGUUCCUGAUCGGUUUAACGAUCCUUGAAAUUCAAACUGUAUGAAUCUUCAAUCUUCAAUCAUCAAUCUUCAAUCAUCAAUCUUCAAUCAUCUUUCAUCUACAUCUUUCAUCUCCGAAUUUGUCCCCGUCAUGAUUAUCACGAGCUUCGAAUGUAUCCUGUCUAUUGUCUAUUUACCAUUCGACCAAGAAUAAAAGUCUUACAUACGCAAAUCUUCGAAUUUUUCCAGCGGGAAACAAAACGGACUAAAUUUCGUUCGAUACUUUUUCUCUCUUAUCACUCACUGUCAAUAUACAUCCGAGUAAUUUGUAUAUAUUGUCAAUUGUUAAUUUUUCGCAUCUGUCCAUUUUGUAUUUACUUUUUGCUGGAUCUUUUUUGUGUAUCCUUGUUGGCAUUGAAGUGUCAUUGUGCAUUUGUAUCAUUUUACGUAUAUAAUCUCGGUUUCAUGCAUGUGCAUUUUGUUUCGG